GUUAGCGUGAUUUUGACAGGAAAAUAGUUCAGCGUAGGGAUUUUUCGUCUGUACUGCAUGUUGAAUUCGCAAGAUGGUGGAAGUCUGAAACAGGGAUUUGAAAGGUGCUCAAAAUCUCUCUGUUUCCAUAGUUUUUAGGAAGAUAAUGCGUGGAUGCUGAAGUGCUAUAGCAAGUUCAGUAUUCACUUGGAGUGAUUAUAAACUUUAUAGACACCAUGAUUCCACGGACGCUUUACAAUCAGCAGAACAAUUUACUGAUUCUGGUUGUCAUUUUUGCGAUAUGCGUUCAACUUAGUCAACAAGCGGCCUGCAAAGGAUGCACAGGAGAUAUAUGUUUUUGUAAAGGCACUAAAGGAAAACCGGGGGUAGGUGGCCUUCCCGGAUUGCAGGGUUACCCUGGCAACCCCGGAGACAGGGGCCCCGAGGGGAAAAGAGGAAUCAAAGGGUUCAGAGGGGACACUGGUGAAGUUGGAACCCAAGGACCCAGAGGAAUAAGGGGACAUGAGGGACUCAUAGGGUUGCCUGGGGUCUCAGGAAUACCUGGUCUCAAUGGAACUGAUGGGCCUGUAGGACCCAAAGGUCUAGAUGGCUGCAACGGUACAAAGGGUGAAGAAGGCUUAAGAGGACAACCGGGUCGACCUGGAAGUGAUGGUUUCCCUGGAAGAGAUGGGUUCCCUGGUCUUCCUGGUGCGCCGGGUGAGGAGAUAUCAGGACCCGGAGGACUUGGACUGAAGGGAGACAGGGGGGAACCAGGACAAGAUGGAUUUGAUGGCCCACCUGGACCUGACGGUUACCCAGGCGACCAAGGGGAGGAUGGAGAUGUUGGGGAGCCAGGUGAUGCUGGAAUUCCUGGUCUUCCAGGACCCAAGGGACAGAUGGGACUCGGAGUACAGGGACCCAAAGGCCAAAGGGGAGCUCCAGGAUUUCAAGGACCCCCAGGUCCCCCAGGUAAAUCUGCCGCCAUUGGGCGCCCUGAGGACUCAAUUCGUCAAGGACCAAAGGGAUUCCCUGGUGUGAAAGGUCCGGAUGGUGACGGAGGUGACAUGGGACUUCCUGGACUACCUGGUCGUGAUGGUCUUGACGGAAUACCUGGUGCUAAAGGAGACGCUGGAAUGCAAGGAAACCAAGGAAAGAGAGGCAAGAGAGGUAAAUAUGGACCAGAGGGCGCAAUUGGUCCUAAAGGAUUCUCUGGAAGACCUGGCCCAGAUGGCCGAGAUGGCUUUGAUGGAGUGAAGGGAGCGCGAGGAUCUGAUGGGUUUGAUGGUCGGAGGGGACCCCAGGGAGAUAUUGGACCCCCAGGCACCGGGAAGGAAACCAAGCCUAGGGUAGGGCCACAGGGAGACCCAGGAGAUGAUGGAUUCCGCGGACUUCCAGGACGGGAAGGUCGUCCAGGAGAACCAGGUUUCCAAGGAGAACCAGGUUUCCCUGGACCCAAUGGAUACCCAGGAGCUGAUGGUAUCCCAGGAUUCUCUAUGAAAGGUGACACGGGAGAUUCAGGACUGCCAGGAUUGGAUGGAAUCCCAGGACGACCAGGGCGAGUCGGUCUACCUGGUAGAGACGGUGACAAAGGUCAACCAGGUGAAACUGCUUAUGGCGACCUAGGAGAUAGAGGGGAUCCUGGUCGACCAGGACGUGAUGGAUUUCCAGGCAGUAGGGGGCCCCUUGGAGAUGAAGGAACAAAAGGACGUCGCGGUAGCUUCAGGGGUGAAGGUACCCCAGGGUUCCAAGGUCCACCUGGAAUACCUGGUGAUCCCGGAAUUAAUGGAAUUGAUGGACGGGAUGGUCUUCCUGGAUUGAGAGGUGGCAGAGGUGAUGAUUGUGGCCCAUGCCGUGAUGGAAUAAAUGGUCCUAAGGGGGACCAAGGUGACGAUGGAUUCCCAGGUCUACCAGGCUUUUCAGGUCCAAAAGGUCCAAAUGGACGCCCCGGAGAAAAGGGUCUACCUGGUCUCAGAGGCAAUGAUGGCUUACCAGGAUUAAAUGGACCCGAUGGACUACCAGGACUUGAUGGUCUUGAUGGUGACCGUGGAGACUUGGGAGAGGCUAUUCCUGCAACACCAAUCCCUGGCCCCAACGGAUAUCAAGGAGAACCUGGAUUCCCUGGAGGUCAAGGACUCAAAGGAGCAAAUGGUUUCCCAGGGCAACCAGGCUUUGACGGACUGCCAGGAAUUGACGGACAAAAGGGAGAGGAGGGUGAACGAGGAGUAGAUGGUUUAGAUGGACUGCGGGGUAUAGAUGGCGACAGUGGACCAAAGGGUCCAAGAGGACAAGGAGGAAAAGGGCAAGCUGGAGAUUCUGGACGCAACGGAUUACCUGGCCUAAAAGGGGAACAAGGUGAAGGAAUUGAUAUAGGACAGAUAGAGUUUUUCCCAGGUCCAAAAGGUUCUCCGGGUGAGCCUGGUAGAACUGGGAUAGAUGGAUCCCCAGGAAAUCCUGGUGACAAUGGACGAGAUGGACUCCCUGGAUUUGAAGGGUCAAAGGGACUACCAGGUGACAGGGGACGUCCUGGCAGAAGCCAGAGGGGUUUCCCAGGAGCCAAGGGAUAUCCUGGUCUCCCUGGAGACUCCGGGUUGCCAGGGGCACCUGGUCAGUCUGGAGAGUCUGGACGAGAUGGAGUGCCUGGUCUUGAUGGGCCAAAGGGGCAGCCUGGUUCAGGUUUUGCUUUGAUUAAAGGACAGCGGGGAGAAGAUGGAUUCCCAGGCUUGCCAGGAGAGAGGGGGGAUGACGGAUUACCAGGACGUGAUGGCAGAGAUGGUCUACCAGGAGUUGAUGGUCAAAAAGGAUACCCAGGAAGAGAUGGCUUAAAUGGGCGACCAGGAGCCAAAGGAGAAGCAGGACAGGGAGGGGAUGGAACCAAAGGAGAGCCAGGACGACCUGGACAACCUGGAUUUGAUGGCAAAGAUGGGUUGUCUGGUGAUAAGGGAGGUGUUGGCGAUUCAGGCAGAGAUGGGUUCCCAGGGCUUCCUGGAAGGAAGGGCCUGGAUGGUCGUGCAGGAGAACCAGGGCAGCCAGGGAAACCAGGUCAAGAUGGUUUGCCAGGAAAACCAGGUCCAAGAGGCAGAGAUGGACUUGCAGGUUUCAAGGGUGAGAGAGGCAAUGAUGGCCUCCCCGGAUUGGCUGGCUCACUUGGACCUGACGGAGAUUCCGGAAUUCCAGGACCAAAAGGCAACUCUGGCGAUAGAGGAGAACCAGGCUUCCCAGGAUUCCCUGGAAACAGUGGUCGUCUGGGUCCCGAUGGAGAUGAUGGUAUUCCUGGGCGGCCGGGACAGAAAGGAGAACCCGCGAGAUUUGGGGGUAAAGGCCCCAGAGGAGAAGAUGGAUUACCAGGUCUACCUGGCUUCCCUGGUUUGAAUGGAUUAGAUGGUGAGCCUGGACCACAGGGUCCACGUGGGGACCCCGGACCCGGACUCCCUGGACAGAGAGGUCCUUCAGGCGAACAGGGCAGAAAUGGCUUCCAGGGACGACCAGGCCGUGAGGGCUUAAAGGGCGCUAUGGGCAUGAUGGGAUUCCCAGGUGUUGAUGGUGGCAAAGGAGACGAUGGUCGCCCAGGGUCAGUAGGACGACCAGGUGCCCAGGGGUCCCCAGGUUUGAAAGGAGAGCGAGGGGAGACAGCUUUUGAUGGGGUCAGAGGUCGCCCAGGUCCAGCAGGAGAUAAUGGCAGAGAUGGUUUCCCUGGAAUACCAGGCAGAGCUGGAGAUUCUGGAAGAGAUGGGUUGCCAGGAAUUGCUGGAUUGGAUGGAGAGAAAGGAGCUGAUGGGUUGCCAGGGUUACCAGCUUCAGCAACAGAAAAGGGAGAACGUGGAGAGGAUGGUGAAAAUGGUCUCCCAGGACUUGCAGGGCUUGCAGGCGAUCGAGGCGAGCCAGGGCCUGCAGGAGCUGAUGGUCUUCCUGGACAGCGUGGCUUUGAUGGAUUACCAGGACCCGAUGGAAAACCUGGAAGACAGGGUCCAAGAGGUGAUGAUGGUCUACCUGGCCUUGAAGGUCGCGCAGGGCCACCUGCCCUCCCAGGACCCAAGGGACAACCUGGAGAGCCAGGACAGAGAAACCCUGAUGGCUUACCAGGCUUUAAGGGUGAACAAGGAUUCCCUGGACUGGACGGACGUCCCGGGUCUAAGGGACAACCAGGAGAACCAGGGUCUGCAUUGAAAGGACGCCCUGGUGAUCCAGGAGCUGACGGAUUGCCAGGUUUAGAUGGACGUGAUGGACAGAAAGGACAGCCAGGAAGACCAGGCCAGGAUGCAUUUGCCAGAGGCCCCAAGGGAGAGGACGGACCCCCAGGACAAGAUGGCCUCCCAGGACCAGAUGGUGAACCAGGACCACAGGGACCAAGUGGUUUACCAGGAUUCCCUGGCCAAGCUGGAUUAAAGGGAAGUGUUGGUGACAAUGGGUUUGAUGGACUUCCAGGUUUACGAGGCCGUGUUGGUGAUCCUGGAUUCCCAGGACGUGAAGGUCUCCCAGGGUUCCAAGGACCACCUGGCCGAAAAGGAGCUAGAGGUGACCCCCCACGCCCAGGACCCCUCCGAAAAGGACGCCCAGGUGAACCUGGUCUCCCUGGACGUGAUGGUCUGAAUGGACUACCAGGAGAUGAUGGAUUAAAUGGUAUCCCAGGACCACAAGGACCCAAAGGAGAUGAAGGUAGGCCAGGACCAGAUGGACAAGAAGGACCAGAUGGAGAGCAAGGACGCUCUGGUGCCCCUGGAUUACAAGGUAUGGAUGGUUUACCCGGACUUCCCGGACAAGAUGGGCCCGAUGGACCCGACGGACUGCCAGGUUUGGCAGGCGGAGAUGCUGGGUUCUACUUUGCAAGACAUAGUCAGACUACAGAGGUACCAGAGUGUCCCAUAGGAACAUCACCAAUGUGGAAUGGUUACUCCCUGUUGUUUGUACAAGGCAAUGAAAGAGCCCAUGGUCAAGAUCUAGGUACACCUGGAAGUUGUCUGCGAAGAUUCAGCACAAUGCCAUUCAUGUUCUGCAAUUUGAACAAUGUGUGCAAUGUUGCAUCUAGGAACGACUACAGCUAUUGGUUGUCUACACCUCAACCAAUGACACCCAUGAUGAGCCCUGUGGAGGGUGAGGGUAUAAGACCCUACAUCUCUAGGUGUUCCGUGUGUGAGGCCCCAGCUCAGGUAAUGGCAGUACACAGUCAGACUAUGUUGGUGCCUAGCUGUCCAGCUGGUUGGCGAUCACAAUGGAUUGGCUACAGUUUUGCCAUGCACACUGGUGCGGGAGCUGAGGGCACAGGGCAGAAUAUGCAAUCCCCUGGGUCAUGCUUGGAGGACUUCCGUCCCUCUCCAUUCAUAGAGUGCCACGGCAGAGGCACGUGCAAUUAUUAUGCCACUACUUAUAGCUUCUGGCUAGCAUCUAUAGAAUUCAACAGUCAAUUUAGUAAACCAGUAUCAGAGACAUUAAAGGCUGGUAAUUUACGUAAUAAAAUAUCAAGAUGUAAUGUCUGUAUGGCUAUUGGAAGUUAGGUUUAGAGUACUAGUGGAGGGAUAUUGAUGUUGUGAGAGAAUAAAGUCCAUCGGAGGAAAGUAGUGCCAAAGUUACCAUGACACUCCGCUGACUUAACAACAUUGCAGUUUUAAUAAAUAUUCUUCACUAAGAAAAUGCAAAAUAUUUUUCAAAAAAUGAAAGAGACAUUUUUUCAUAGUCCAAACAAAAAACAGUUUAUUUCAAAUUCAAUUAAAUACAGUAACAUAUCUACACAUCAUGUAAGGUAAUUUGGCCGAGAAAUCAUACCAGUUUUCCCUGAAAAUAUUCACAAAUAAAUUUCAGGGAAAUGUAUGAUUACUCAUAUCUGGAUUCAAAUCCAAAGAUGGAAAAAUAAGGACCAAAAUUGGAGAUAUUUCUUCCAAAAAUGGAGAUAUUUCCUCCAAAAUUGGAGAUAUUUCUUCAAAAAUUGGUCUAUAUUGAUCACGUGUAUCUAUGCAAUAAUGUACAGUUUUCAAACAGAAUAUGCAUUUAUCAACUUUGGCCUUAUACUCUUUAGUAUCUACAUUAUGCCAAUAGGAUCAACUUACUAUGCAUAAAUAAUGUAAAUUUAACAUUGGUGCUGAUUUUAUAUAACUUUAUAUAAAUGUACAAAUGAAAUAUGCAAUUUAAAUGACAUCAUGUAGACAUUUAUGAAUAGUUUUAAAUGUUAGGCCAAUUGAAAUUUAAAAUUGAACAAGAUAAAUAUUUUAGUAAUGUUAGCAGAAAUAUGUAAUUCACAUGUACUAAAAGACUGUUCUGGACCCAGUUUUUUUCAUGUUUUUAACACUGCCACGGGGCCUGGUUUUGUAAAAGGUGCCAAAUGAAAUAGGAUAAUCAAUUGAAGAGUUAGCGAGAAGGCCCUGAGAUGCAUUUAUUAUAUAAGCCUAUGAGAUUAUAUACAAUUAUAUAUAAAUAAGAGAUUUUAUAUAUCAUCAAUUAGUCAUUUUCUUAGAGUAUAUUUUACACAUGGAACUAUAUAAAAGUAGAAUAAUUACAUAUUUAAGUACAAACGGGAUAUUAGUCAUAUCCAAAAACAAAAUCAUGUACAAGACAAGAGAAAUAUCACAUUUAUCUCUACUUGUUAACAUUAACUUACGUGGCUUGUUAACAUCAACUUACAUGUCUUGUUAACACCAACUUACAUGUAAUUAUGUGCAUUCUAUUUUAGUCCCACCUUCUGGUCAUUAGUUUCAUUUUGUGUACAUAGAUGGCAUUAGAAGUACAAUCAUUUUAGGCCAAAGUAAAGAAGAAAUGUUUCUCAUAUUAAAUUAUAAUUUUAAGAUUAAGUACAAUCAAAGAAAUUAAUUUAGGUAAUAUAUUGGCGUCAGUCAUUUUAUUAAAAAAAUAUUAAAAUGGCAUAUUUUAUGAUAUUUUUAGAAUCCCUGAUUUCACAUCUGCUUUGUGAGAAACUUUUUUUUAAAUACUUUGGCCUCACUUAGUAUGUGAUUUAUAUUUAAUUCUACCAAGUGUAUCUUGUAUUAUAUCAUUAUAUAGAGGAAUCAUGGGAGAGCUUGUACUAUAUACAAUCAGUCAUAAACAAUGAAAAUUACAAUUUGUAAAAAAUAAACAAGUUCGUCAAACCAAAAAAUUAUAUCCUCUGAAUUCAAAACUACCAGUCUGCAGAUUGUAAUUUUCCAGUGGACAAAACACAAAAUAGAAAAAUGGAUGUAUAAAUAAUAUUCUAGUCUUUGCAUUGCCAGUAUCUAAGUAAUGUACCUUUUAAAUGUGCAUGUGAAAUAGGUUUUAACAUAUCUUGUGAUCAUAGAAAUUAUUUCAUUGUUUACAAUUAUUUAGUUUGAAAACUUGCAAUUGUGAAAUAUUAACAAUAAAUUACACAUGUACAUCCUA